AUGGAGUUCUUCUCUUCUGGUUCCAUCCUCAAACAAAUCAAUCACACGGUCAUUCCUUUGGUGCCUAAAUCUGGUCACACACCGCAUGUUGGGGAUUUUAGGCCUAUCUCUUGUUGUAAUGUUACUUACAAAGUGAUUGCAAAAAUUCUUGCUUCUAGACUGAGACCUAUUUUGGGUAAUAUUGUGGACCAUGCACAAGCCACUUUUGUGGAAGGUAGGAGCAUGGUGGAGAACAUUCAUCUUGCCCAAGAACUUAUGAGGCAAUAUAAUAGGAAAAGGGUUGCUCCAAGAUGCUUCCUAAAAAUUGAUCUUACGAAAGCUUAUGAUUCGGUAAGUUGGGAUUUCCUUAGAGAUGUUCUUGAAGGACCCCUCGAGAUUUGUAAGUUGGAUCAUGGAAUGUAUUACUUCUCCAACAUAUUCCAUUGCUUUGAAUGGGAGUAUGCAUGGGUUCUUCAAAGGAAGGAAAGGCCUCCGGCAAGAAUGCUUAAAGUUACCACGAAUGAUAUUGAUUUCAAUUAUCACCCUAAAUGUGGCCCUCUAAAGAUCACCCAUUUAGCUUUUGCGGAUGAUUUGAUGCUUUUUGCUAGGGGAGAUGUCAUGUUGAACAUCCUCAAAUCAAGUUUGUUUACAACGGGGAUUCAUGGAGAACUACUUGAGGAUAUCUUGCAACUCACACAUGUCCUGAGGGAUAGAAUGCCAUUUCGGUAUUUGGGGAUUCCACUUGCUUCGGGAAAACUAAAAGUGGAACUUAUAAGGGCGGUUCUUCAAAGAGUUGAAUGUUUUUGGCUUUUUAUCUUCCCUAUCUCGGCUACAAUUACAUCAAUGAUUGUUAGCUAUUGUUGGAAAUUCCUUUGGGGAUCUAAGAAGCCUUUGGUUGCAUGGAAGGAUCUUUGCCUUCCAAAAGAUGAAGGGGGCAUCGGCUUGAAGGACUUGAAGAGUUGGAAUUUAGAGUUACUUGCUAAAUCCCUUUGGAAUACACAACACAAAAAGGACACACUAUGGAUUCGUUGGUUUCUUGCACAGGACAGAGAACAAGUUCAGCGGAAUCUGGACAAUUUUCUGAGUCAGUCGAACGCUCAAAAUUGGGUGCCGAAUCUGGGAGAAAACUCAGAGCGAAGACAUGAAAUUCUGUUCAGUUUUACGGAGUUAUCGGCUGCUCAAAAUGGGGACCGACAUCUAGGAUUUAUGGAUAGUUUUUUCAGUGGGGGAAACAUGUACUAA